CUGCCCGAUAGCUUUGGUUUCUGUUUCAUAGAAAAGUCCUUCCCAGUGCCGAGAACUGCCUGGCUGGUGUGAGGAGCAGCCGGGACCACAGAGGUGGUGGAGAGAUGGCCCUCAGCAGCGUCCAGGCUCCCUUCGUGAACCCUGUCGUCCCCUUCUCUGGGACCAUCCAGGGGGGCCUCCAGGACGGACUUCAGAUCACUGUCAAUGGGACUGCUCUUCACGCCUGUGGAACGAGGUUUGCUGUGAACUUGCAGACGGGCUUCAGUGACAAUGACAUUGCCUUCCACUUCAACCCUCGGUUUGAAGAGGGCGGGUAUGUGGUCUGUAACACCAAGCAGAAAGGACGCUGGGGGCCGGAGGAGAGGAAGAUGAAUAUGCCCCUCCAGAUGGGAAUUCCUUUUGAGAUCCGCUUUCUGGUGCAGAGCUCUGGAUUCCAGGUGAGCAGGAUUCUCCUCCAUCCCUCCCGCUGUCUGACACCUGCCCUAUCAGGCCUGGAGAAAAGCUUUUAUUUAUUUUCACAGAACACCCGUGCAGUCCCUGUCCAGCCUGCUUUCUCCGUGAUGCAAUUCUCCCAGCCUGCUCGUUUCGCACCCAAGCCCAAGGGGCGCAAACCAAAACCUCCAAGUUACUGGCAGGCCACCGCAGCUCCCAUUACGCAAACAGUCAUCCACACAGUGCAGAGCACCCCUGGACAGAUGUUCCCUAAUCCUGCAAUUCCCCCGACGGCUUACCCCAGCCCCAGCUACCCAAUACCAUUCUUCACCAGCAUCCCUGGGGGGCUGUACCCCUCCAAGCGCAUCGCCAUUACGGGCAUCGUCCUGCCCUACGCUCAGAGGUUCCACAUCAACCUGCGCUCCGGGAAUGACAUCGCCUUCCACCUGAACCCCCGUUUCGAUGAGAACGCCGUGGUCCGCAAUACGCAGAUCAGUAACUCUUGGGGGCCUGAGGAGCGCGGCCUGAAUCGGAGUAUGCCCUUCGUCCGAGGCCAGGGCUUCUUGGUGUGGAUCAUGUGUGAAGGUCACUGCCUCAAGGUGUCUGUGGACGGUCAGCACCUGUUCGACUACUACCACCGCCUGACGAACCUGCCCGCCAUCAACAACCUGGAGGUGGGAGGCGAUGUCCAGCUGACCCUGGUGCAGCCAUAGGCGGGAUUCCAGCCCUGGGACCUCGGGCUGGAGCACACUGCUGUCUGCAUCUGCUCUUCACCUCCGCCUUCCCUGUCCCUGCCGCAGCCCCCGCCCUCCCGGCCCUUCCUGGAUCUGGGGCUUCUCUGGAGAAACCAGGCCCUUGUCUGCCCUGCUUCUGGCUGCAGCCAUCCUGGAGUGGAGAAGGCCGCUGGCGGGGCAUAGCUUCCUCUGUCUGGGCAGCACCUGGGGCUCCAGCUGCCCAAAUUCUAACAUCUGAGGAUGGGGGGUGGAGGGGUCAGUGCAGGCUGAAGCCCAUGUUCAGUCCCCUCAGCAGAAAGGGAGCAUCCUGGGCCUUCCCAACUCCCACCCAGGCCCACCCCUCAUGUACCUCUUGACCCCAUCCCCACCCUCCAUUCUAGUCCACCUCAGGCUCCAGCCACCAGCUGGUCACUCCCAUGGGAGGUGGUCUCCUCAGCCCCUCCUCUUUCUCCAACCUUUACCCUUUCCUUGCACCCUGUACCAACCCUUCCCCUGACUGACACCUGCUGGUCUCCACCACCUGCCAGCACCUUGUCCAGCUGGACACCCCCCUUUCCCAGUGCCCUUCAAAUAAAGAGAAAAGAAAACUCGAGGUGGGCACAUA